AUGACGACAGACGUGGAAGAGGAACUGCCGGAAGGGGUGUGUGCUCAUUUCAUCGACGUCUGGGUGGACCCGUCGACACAUCCGUUCAUUGUUGCACUAUGCAUCGUCAUCUACUCCUUUGUUUUUGUGCUCGGUUUUACGGGCAAUAUGGGAUUGAUAAUCGCCACCUUUCGAUACCGUAGCCUGCAAACGCAAUGGUAUUUCGGCGAAUUACUAUGUAUGAUUUGCGGGGGUCUCCAAGCCAUGGGUGUCUUUAUCGGCACAUUUUCACUGUGUGCAAUUGCUGUUGAUCGUUAUUUCAGGUUGUGCGGGUCACCGGGUAACACAUUGAGCAAGUUGCAUGCGGUGCGUAUUACGGCAAUUUUAUGGGUAUUUUCCACGGUCUGCACGGCGCCCUAUGUUUAUCAUAUGGAGCUGAUUGAUUAUAAAGGCGUCUGCGGCAAAUUCUGCAGCGAAAAGUGGUCGUCCCACAACGCCAAGCUGGUUUAUACAAUUUUUGUGCUCAUCAUCCAAUUUGUUGUGCCCUUCUUGAUCAUGACGAUCUGCUACCAUUCGAUCUUUUCCUUUCUGCGAAGGCGGGCGGCAAAUCGGUUGACUUCUAUUGGGCAGCAAGCAAAUUUGCUGUACGUUUUGGCAGCGACAGCCGGUGGAGAUUCUCAACAGCAUAAAGAACAAUUAACCCACCUGAUCGAUCAAAAGAAGCGGGUACUGGCGCAGAAGCGGCGCGUUACGGUCAUAUUGGUAUCCAUGGUGCUAAUCUUUGGUAUAACUUCAUUACCACACAAUAUCGUAUCUUUAUUGCUGGAACAUGACCGAAAUUUUUUGACGUUUGAUAGUAUCGACUAUCAGUAUAUUGCGGCACUGGCGACACAUUUCCUCGCCAUGCUCUCCUGCGUGGCAAACCCAUUCUUGUACGCGUUCCUGAACCCAGAAUUCCGGGAAUUGAUCGUCACCGGGUUGCGUUGGGGCCCGUACGCAGUUGUCAGACGAACGUGGCAACCCACGCAAACGACGAUAUUA